UGUAGGGUCGAGGUUUCGAUCCGUGCAAAAAUUCACCCGCGUCACGUCGGUCGGUCGGUCGGUCCUGCGUAUUAUCGACGGUAUCACAACACUGGUGCGUCGUGCGUUGCUCGUGAAUAGACGUGUUGUUGUUAGCCCCGAUCAAUCGGUGUGCGCGGUGUGCCUGAGAUGAGGUGAACGGUUUUUCCGGAAGGAACGUCGGAACAAAGUAAUGACAAGCAUGCCUUCACCGUGUAUCACAUCCUGUUUGCUGUUGUUGCUGCUGGCCGUCGUUCACUCCGCCUCAGAAGUGGAGCGCCCGAGGCAGGGUCGAGUUGGCGGCCACAGCGGCCGGGAAGGGAUAUUACCAGCAGCGGCAGCCCCGGAUCUUACUACUUUAAGGACGACGGCAAACGCGACAAUGGAUAAUAGCGACGAUAUCGCGCGAAUAGGAAUACCUGAGUUAACUGAAAAAGAUGGAAAUGACAAAGUCGAUCCGAGCGAGGUAGAUGAGAGCGUAGAAAAAGAAGAAGCAGAGGGGAAAGAAAAUGAAAAAGAAGAGCAGGAAGUGAAUGAAAAGAAGAGAGAAGAAGAAGAAGGAGCAGAAGGGGAGGAAGAGGAAGAGGGAGAAUACGACGACGAGGACGAAUAUGAGGACGAGCUGAAAGCGAUCGCGGAGUCUCACGAAGCGAUGUCGAAGGACGAGGCGAAGAACUCGAACGCGUCCUCCGCUGGCAGUGAACGUGCGGAAGGAAAAUUAUCGAGUGUGAAGAACUUCGAUUCCCACGAGAAGAGCAACGAGGACAUGUCCGACGAAGAUAUAGCGUCGAACGAAGCAAUCGGUGGUGACGUCAUCGAGGAGGAGGCCCAAGACGAAGAGGUGGCGGAAUUGCUGAAGUACAAGAUGGGGAAAGGCGCGAGGACGAAGGCGAAGCGCAUGCCGACGGUGAAGAAGGAGCUGAGCACCCAGCGGGAAAUAUUGCUGGCCAGCAACGAGACGCAAGUGCCGAAGAGCCUGCUGCCCUCGGAAGAUCCCUUCAAUCGUUUAAACGGCAAAACCGACUACGUGGAAAGGCGGUCUUUGGAGAGAAACGAGGUUCAAGAAGUCGCUUUGGCGGACAGUUUGCUGAAGUUUUUAGUGAAACUGGCGGAGGAUCCGAACAGAUGGCAACGUGUACAUAAAUUUCUCACUAACAUGGAGAACGACCUGCAAGCGUCCGAGAACAUCCAAGACCCGGUGAAGCGCGGCUACGACACUACGUCGUCGCUGUUCUCCACGACGCCGGCCUCGACGAAUGCGCCCAAGAAGAGCCGCAAGAAGCCGAAGAAGAAGAAGAAACGGCCGAGGCAUCGGCAAGUAUCAACGACUGUUCCUGCGAAGACCACGACGAGCCCGGAGACGUCGACGCCGAUCACAACGACGGAGGCAUGGUCGACGACGACGACGCCGCAAUGGAGGAGACUCGUAGCCGAGAGGCUAUUCGGGCCGCCUUGGCAGCAAGAGGAAGCGAAAAAUCUGCCGAAGGUCCAUUACGGGCUCGCCUCGAAGCCACGCACGUCAGUUCUGGAACUCGUAAACCUGGAUAAGCCGAGGAAUAUCCUGAGGACUAUGAACACUGAGCGAAUACCUCUGUUAGACUUUCCCCGGGAAUCCAAUACCCAAUCGCAAUCGCUGAGGUUCGGCAAGAUCAACACUUAUCAGCCCUUACGCCUUCAAGAUUCUCGAGAAUUCGCACCCCUGUACGAUCGACCGGCAGAUUCAGAUCGCCCGGCCGAUUACUACUUAUCUGAAGCGGUUUACCCGCCGGUGCGUUAUACGCCCACCCGCGAAUUCCUGCGGCGCAGGAACGAGAACGAUUAUCAGGACGACCUGACUCUACAGACGGACAAUUUCGCGUACAACCAGGAAUACAGGCCGUCGAGCAGAGAAUUCGCCAGCAGCAAAGGCUGGCCGGAGCUCGCUUACAAGCCCGGUCGGGCAUGGAACUCGGACGAGCGUCCCCUGUUCACGAUGUCGUCCGGCAAGUGGCCUUGGGGACAGCAAAGCGAUUUUAAGUAUUGGCCGGAGCGCGGAAAAUACUCGGAGCGGAAUUACUGGGGCGCCUUGGGGAGCGAGGAGGACGGCGAUCGAAUGAACCAAGCGGAGCUUGAAGAGUGGCAGCAACAACGACUGCCGCUCUGGGAGGCUGGCAAAUCGAACGUUUGGCCGGUGGGGGAGACUCUGAAGGCACCAUUGUGGCCUCAGACGGAUAGACCGAUAAAACCGUACGAUCAAUCGACUACGUGGGAGAGGAGCAAGAAUCAUUCCGAGCUGAACAAGAAGGAGGACGCGGCCGACAAGGUGGUGCUGCCGAAGAUUACCAUGAAGACAUGGAACAGCCUGACAUCCGACCCCGCCACUUGGCCUUACAAGCUGCCGAGCGCAAAACCCUGGCCGAAGGACGAGAACGGCAAGUCGUACAAUCCGAACGCCGACCUCGUUAGGAAGCUCGGCCUCGACAAGGAGAACAACGCGGACUGGCCGAAGGACAAGGACGACAGGACGGGGAGGUUAGUGUUCGAGAAGCAGAUAGACCCGGUCUCCAGCAAGGACAUGUUGAAGAAGAAGGAAUUCGCGCGGCUGAACGACUCCAAAUACAAGCCGAUCAGCAACAGGAGCAAUUACAGCGAUUACAAGAGACCGUCGCAGAACUCCGUGAAGGAGACGCCUAAUUGGAUGUAUCGGGACGUGAAGCAGCCGGCCAAGGAGUGGAUCAAGCCGCAGAUCGCGGCGAAUUCGCCGAAGAACGGCGACGUUUGGGAGCGAAAGUUCGACGUGUCCGCCGGAAGUCAAGUCAAGAGCGACGGGAGCUCCUUCUCGCGCUUCUGGCCGCUCAACACGGUCGCCGAGCAAAAGUGGUCGGAUAAGGAGAGAGACGAUCUGACGGGAGCCUGGAAAGACAAUGCGAAGGAUAACAGUCCGCUGAGCACGAAGGUGAACAAUGGGAACUUCUGGAAGGAAAAAUCCAAUGAUUUCUGGCUGCCGAAGACAAAGGCUGACUUCUGGGCGACGAGAAUGAAGUCCGGACCGGCCUCGAGAAUGGGCGACAACAAUUCGUGGACGUCAAAAGCGGAGCACAGCGCCUCGUGGAUGCUGAAGCCGCACGACGCGACCUCGUGGACGACGAACGGCGAUAUUUGGGGGAAGUCCGGCAGCUCCGAUCCCUCGUCGGCCGGUUCCAGCGAGCUGCCUGCGUGGAGCGCGAAGGAGAAGAACCUCGUGGCUGAGAACACGUGGGUCCCCAAGUCCAACAACGUCGAGGACUGGCCGCAGAAGGCCAAGGACAAUAAUUCGUGGGCGAGCAAGUUCGGCGGUAUGGCCUCCUGGAAGAGCAACGAGGACAACUGGCCUCGGAAGAGCGAGCCAGCCUCGUGGCAGCAGAAGAUCAAUGACGACUGGAACAUCGGUUACGGCAAGAACUCGCCGAGCACGUGGCCCUCCAAGUGGAAGCAGUUCGUCUACCACAAGGUGACGGCGGUGCCGAUCUCGAAGCCGGGCACGACGGCUGACGUCUCGUCGCCGAAGUCGAAGAACGCGUUCGUCGCGGUCUCCGCGGUCUCCUCGGCGAACUACGGCAACGAGUGGAGGAAGAAUGAUGCGGAGGAGGCGAUGCGGGACGACAACUUCAGGCUGGAGGAGGCGGACCGACCGGGCGGACAGAUCCGGCCGGAGGCCGACCGGCCGAUUUACGCGUGGAAGAAGGAUGGCUCGGAGCUGAAUAAUGCCGGCCGUGGAAAGAGUAAUGGUACCGAACCGUUGGAAAACCAAUUGGAGGCCCUGAGGCAGGACGACUUCUGGCCGUGCAAGCCCAACAAAGCCGAGACGAGCGAGGAAUCGACGUACAGCACGACAUCAACGACUCAGCCAGCAAUAGUAACGAACUUCACGACGAUGUCCCAACCUCCGCAGCAGCAGAUCACGUCCAAGGCCGUCGAGAAGCGAGCCCAGACCUAUCGGCGGGAGAGCCUAAUGAAAUAGGAUUCACAGUUGACCUAACCCUAACCCUGUCUGAUAAAUACCGAGAUAUUGUUUGCUUCGGUCGAGAAACGACGCGAGAGUCGCGCAGGCGGAGGAAGAUAGCGACGAGAAAGAGAGAGAGAGAGAGAGCGCGCGCGCUUUACAACGUUAUUCCGUGUGAAGAUGAUCGCUUCUUUCUUCUUCUAAUAUGGGGUUACUCGAUAUCUUCUUCUUAUACCGUCUGAUCGAGCUAUCUCGAGGAAUAUACGCGGGACGCACAUCGAGUCGGUGGGAAAAUUCGCGUAGCGACUUGAGGCAAAAUUCGCCUCUUACUUGGGAGGAGAUUGAAGAGAUACAAAUUUAACCGUCGCCCGCCAUAUUUCAGGCAACUCACGCGGAUUUUAUCGCGAGGUACAAAUUCCCUCGUGAGCUCUUCUCUGUGUAUGUGCAAACGCCCAGAGAUAUCAAUACAAGUGAAAUUAAAAGGAGAUCGAAGAGCAGCAGAGCCCGACGUUUCGCUUCACUUGCGCGCCACGCGUUAAAAUCUUUUCCACCGAUCUCUAAUGGACUAAGGAAUGUUUUAUUUGUGUCUUAGCUUUUUAAGCGCCCCGAGCUCUAUCUUUCUCUCUCUCUCUCUCUCUCUCUCUAUCUCACUUAAUCUCUCUAUCUCGAUUUCUCUCUCAAACGAUGCGCGAUGCUGAUGCGUAUGCGAAUGAUUUAUCGUGACCUCCUCGGUGCACACGCACAGAAGAAUUUUACUUUAAAUAGUUUAAUAGGAAUUAAGUGUGCGUGUACGUUGCGCACGUACACCAAAGCUCACGUCACGUCGCAUAAUCGCGUAAUGCGAAAGAUUCUUUUGUCCCGUUGUCCGCAACAACGUACGCGCAGUCGGUGAAUUCUGUGCUAUUUGAAAUGCGCAUAGCUAUUGUUCUCGGUCGUGUGGCCUGAUCCUAGGACACAAUAGGAGGGUUAAGGGAAUUUACUUAGCAAAUUCGAUUGCACACACGCUCCAUUAUCCCCGCGCGACCCGACGUCGGAUGAAUUGGUUUUCCCUUCCGCCGGGAGUAUCAUAAGUUUUGUUUCUUCUAGCUGCAUUUAUUUAUACUUUUUGCGCGUGAAAUAAAACGAGCGCAACGUACCGCCUCGAGAGGGAGGACGGGGAAGAGAAGAGAAUAGAAGAGGGGAGAAGAGAGAGCGUGUGUGUGUGUGUGUGUGUAGUUAAAAGGAACAGACCUAUGGUAACAUCGCCGCAUCUUUCGACGAUAGAAAUAAUAGCGAUUAUCGAAUAUCAUUGAUAGAUAAUGAUUAUUCGUUCAAUGGUUCUUUCGUUUAAUAAUAAUUGCUAGAUAAUUAUGAGAUUGGUUCUCUCGUGAAAAGCAACAGAUGUGAUGUCACAGUAUAAUCACCGAUCGAUUGACUUAAUAGAUAAGUUGGUGUGUUACUACGUAUGUUAUUCAAUUGCACAAUAAUUAAGAUUAUUAUAAUUAACUGUUCUAGUCCUGUCAAAACUAGUCAUCAUAAUCUUUAGUCAGACCAAACUCUGAAACACAAAGAGCUAUAUAGGGGAGGAACAGAGCGGAAAAAAUACGUUUAAUGCAUUCUUUAAUAAAUGUUUGGGAUAUGAAGAACCUUUACGUACCAGGAUGCGUAAAAAUAUCGCGAAGGCAAAAUGGAUAAAUGUGUCUAACGAAUUGCUUAAUAAACGUAACAUCGUGCGACCAUUAUGAUAUAAAUACGGCAUUAUUGUGUUAAAUGACGGGAACUAUAAACAAUUUUUGUAACCUGGAAAUAGUUCACAAAGAAGGGCAAUUUUGGAUUUCGGAAACUGGUGCAGAGAACACGAAGACAUUGCAUAAUCGAAAUCGAUAAGUGUCCAAUUGGCCGUCUACACGCGCGCGUAACAUUACACGAUAAUUAUUACGUAGAUUGUGUAAUCACUACCACACACGUUCACCACGUCCAAGAGCAAUAGUGGCUAGGGCCUACGAAGGUUCCGAAACGGCCUUGAAGGUUAACCCUCGUCUUUUCAAGCCUCCAUUCCGAUAAUCCGAGUUCCCCACAGUUCACUGUGUAUAUCCGUGCAACUGCAGACGUGCAAAACUCGAUGAAUUACGACCUCACUUAUUAUUUAAUGUGCAGCACACCGUUGUCGUAUAAAGGUCUGUGAAAUAUAGCCACUAGAGAAAAUGGUUCUGUUGUAAAUUAAUGUCAUCCUUGUAUAUAUAUAACGUGUUCGUGAAAUAGGAUUUAAACAGUGUUAGAGUUUAUUGUUUUACGAACGGAUUACGGCUUUUUCGUAGCAUCCAUUUGAGUUAGUCGGGAAAUAUUUACCGCGAUACCUCCUUCAGGGAACAAUAUUUACAAUGAUUACAGAAAACAAACUUUCCUCUUCACUUUAUGUCAGACUAAGCUAUAAAUAUCUAUAAACGAUAAGUCCGAUUACUUUUCUCAUUGAAGUCGCUUCAAUAAAAAUUCAGUAUACCGAUAAAAUGUAUUUAAACUUUCCAAUUACUGUGUAGAAAAUUGAUGAUUAUUUAAAGUGUCCGAUUAUUGAUGUCGAUAAAUGAAAAUAAUCGAAGUCUUAAAUGUACAUUUUAAGGACGUAUUUUUCUCUUAACUUACUUGAAAAGUUUCGCUAAGGAAAGAUCGGAUUGCAACUUUGUUGGAGAAGAAGAAGUUUGGUCCACGAUACUUAUUUGUCGGAAGAAAUAUGUGUAGAGUCAUUCACAAAGUAGAGAUACCAUCUAAAAAUGUAAUAACGAUAAGUGAUUCUAGUAUUUAUUCGGAUACUUGUACCUUCAUAAUAAUUAUUCAUAAAUUGACAAAAAGGAUGUAAAAUUCAGUACAAGGUGUCCCCCUCCCAGGCUAAAUUUUAUAUAAUGGCAAUUUCGCAACUAUGUUAUUUUUAGGCGAGUUUAGUUAAACGCUAUCUCCCUUCACGACUGUCCAUUUUUAAACACAACCGCGUCUCAGAAUGAAAUUUUCUAAAAAUAAAGUCUACCUUUACCUGACGUCUGACGUAAUUUUAAAACGAGCUCGUAUAUUCAUGUACUCUGCCAUAAAAUAUGAACACGAAGGUAUAUUUUAAAGACUAGCGCUCGCGGGGUGAUCGGCCUAGUACAGGGAUUCCCAAAGUGUGGGGUCGCGAAACAUUUUAGAAUAUUAAAUUACACUUUAUCACUUUGCGUAGUUUUACAAAUUAAAACCGGGUAUAGACUUGUUGCAUAUCCCUGAUGUAACGUAUCGACGUACAUUACGUACAUUACGUACGUAACAAUAAGGUGGGGGUGCGCGUUGCAAGGUCGCGUAUCAAAAAUUAAUUACAUGGAUAUGCAACGGGCCUGUUCGAUAUGAUAAAUAAUCAAUUUACUUCCUUCCUUCUCGCGCCCCGCUUUUUUCCAUCCGCUAAAGAUAAGUGGAUCGUUGAAGUUUGCUAUUCUAAAAAACGGGUCGCGGUUUACACAGGUUUGGGCAGCCCUGGACUAGGACGUAUCUAUUAUCCAGGGGACUACAAUAUUCGGCGCUGGGGGUAAACGAGCAUGAGUCGUUAUUUAUCCAAUAUGAAAUUCCUCGUGAAGUAUUCGCAUUCAUGACUUCGUGUUGAUACUUUUAUAUA